UCUUGUACAGAUGAAAUUAGACAGCUCAGAUACCUAGAAGCUGCUAAUGCUGAAGAAGAAUACAAUGAGGAGAAUGACAUGCAGUCAGAAAGCUCCAGAGGGCAAGCACUUAUCCCUAGGAGCCCCCAAGGGAGAGGACACAGACAUGGCAGUAGGGGAAGAAAUGGCAAUUUUUUCAGACAAAGAUUUUCAACAAAUCAUCCUCUACUUCAUCUGAUAAGACAAGUCAACAGAGACAGUCAAACAAGGAGGAAUGGAAACCAAUCGGAAGAGAGACAGCUACAACUAGAAAGAAACCAAUUUUUCUUCAGUAGAUUACAUGGCCUCUCCCAAUCUCAUGACCACCACAUUGGCAGAUCUCAUGGCCACUAUUCCAGAAGAUCACAUAGCCAAUUGAGGAGAGCUCCUGUUCACUCAGAUAGAUCUCAUGUCUACUCAGGUAGAACUAAUAACUAUACAGAUAGACCACAUCAUGACCUCUCAGUUAGACCACACCAUGAACUCUCAGUUAGCCCACAUCCUGACCUCUCAGGUAGACCACACCAUGACCUCCCAGUUAGACCACUUCAUGGCCUCUCAGAUAGACUACACCAUGCCUACUCAGAUAGACCACACAAUGACCACUCAGAUAGACAACUUUAUGACUUUUCGGGUAGACCACAUCAUGACCUCUCAGAUAGACCACACCAAGACCUCUCUGUUAGACCACACAAUGAACUCUCAGUAGACCACACCGUGAUUACUCAAUUAGACCACUUCAUGACCUCUCCGGUGGAACACGUCCUGACCUCUCAGAUAGACCACACCAUGACUACUCAGAUAGACCACACCAUGACCACUCAGAUAGACCACACCAUGACCUCCCAGUUAGACCACUUCAUGACCACUCAGUUAGACCACUUCAUGACCUCUCAGAUAGACCACACCUUGACCACUCAGAUAGACCAUACCAUGACCUCCCAGUUAGACCACUUCAUGACCACUCAGUUAGACCACUUCAUGACCUCUCAGAUAGACCACACCNCAGAUAGACCAUACCAUGACCUCCCAGUUAGACCACUUCAUGACCACUCAGUUAGACCACUUCAUGACCUCUCAGAUAGACCACACCAUGACCACCCAGAUAGACCAUACCAUGACCUCCCAGUUAGACCACUUCAUGACCUCUCAGAUAGACCAAACCUUGACCACUCAGAUAGACUACACCAUGACCUCUCAGAUAGACCACUUCAUGACUACUCAGGUAGAUCACUUCAUGAACUCUCAGGUAGACCACACCAUGAUGUCUUAGUUAGACCACAUCUUGACAACUCAGUUAGACCACUUCAUGACCUCUCAGGUAGACCACGUCAUGACUACUUAGGUAGACCACCUCAUGACCACUCAGGUAGACAACCUCAUGAUCAUUCAAGUAGACCACACCAUGAGUACUCAGGUAGACCAUAUCAUGACCCCUCAGAUAGACCACAUCAUGACCACUCAGAUAGACCACAACAUGAACUCUCAGUUAGACCACCUCAUGACUACUCAGGUAGACCACAUCAUAACCAUGCAGGUAGGUUUCAACAUGGCCACUCAGAUAGAUUUCAUCUUAACCAUACAGAAAGAGUUCUUCCUAGCCACUCAGGGAUAGCUCAUCCUGGCCACACAGAGAGAGGUAAUCAAGUCCAAAGAGGGAGAGCUCAUGAUAACCAUACAGAGUUAGCUCAUCACAACCAUGACAGCAGAUCUCAUCAUGGCCACUCAGGGAGAGCUUAUCAUGGCCAUGCAGGGAGAGCUCGGAACAACCAGUCAUGGAGAGGUAGGAACAACCAGUCACGGAGAGGUCGGAACAACCAGACACGGAGAGGUCGGAACAACCAGACACGGAGAGGUCGUAAUAAUCAGUCAUGGAGAGCGCGUAACAUCCGGUCACGGAGAGAUCGUUAUAACCGCUCAUUGAGAGCAAGUAGCAUCCAGUCAUGGAUGCUUCAUGAAGGAGAAAGAUACCAUGGUCGAAGAGGAAGAAAUGGACCAAGGGAUGAAUCACCACCUGGAUCUGAGCCAGAAACUGACAGAUCUUCUGCAAUAAGAGAAAGGACUGACUAUUUAUGGGCACAGGAACAGCGAAGAAAUGAGAUAAUUGAACUGAAUGAGGGGCUAGAAGACCACUACAGCAGUGCUGAAGAGAGUGAUGAAAGUUUUGACAGACUAACCUGUCGCUCCAUGCUAGAUUCACCAUACUAAGGAAUCUUAGAGAAGCCAGGAUGAACAACAGAAUGGAAAGACCUGAAGACUAAACUGCCUUUUCCUGUCAGCUGUUGGCUGCCAGCUAAUUGCACUGAACCACACUUGAGAGCAUACAUACAUUCAUAUAAGGUUGGAGUUUUGACUGUUCUUGUGAAUGUACUUUCUUAGGAUUAAAUGUCAGGAUUCUGUUCAUUCUAAGCAAUUUGAAGAAAAAGUGUUUAGCACUGUUUGCAUAAAAGAAGAAGGAGAUGAGC